CUCUCUCUCCAUCUCUGAUUCUCUAUCUCUUCUUCAUUAUAAACUCGAAUUUUCAAAACCCGAAUUCUCCGAAACCAAAAAAAAAAAAUGAUCAAUUUGAGCUCCAACUGCACCCAUCACACUAACCUUCACUCCACCAUCACUCCUCGUUUCUUCCUCAAACACGCUUUCCAGAUCCGCGAGUUCCGGGUCUACCGUCGCCGAAGACUCAAACUUGCCCCGCGAAACCAACUCGGAAUCGGAAACGGAAACCCUUUCCACGACUUCAUUUCCCAAUUCCCUUCCCCUAAUUCCCUCCAACUCAUCGCUCCGCUUCUCGGCUUCAUCUCCGGCGCCACCCUCUACCUCUCUAAUGCCAAUUCCAAUUCCGGCUGGGCCAAUCAGCAAUCCGGUUUCGAUAUCGGAGAGUGGGUGUUGUUCACCAGUCCGACGCCUUUUAAUCGCUUCGUCCUCCUGAGGUGUCCGUCGAUAUCGUUCCAGGGGAGCGAGUUGUUGGAAGACGUGAACGAGAAGCUGGUGAAGGAGGACAGGCACUUCGUCAGGCUCAACAGCGGUCGAAUUCAAUUCGAUUCGAGGAACCGCACAGAGAAUGGCGUGGAGGAGAAAUUGGAGUAUCAGAGACUCUGCGUGGGCACGGACGAUGGAGGGGUCAUAUCUCUUGAUUGGCCUGCGAAUUUGGACCUCAAAGAGGAACAUGGUUUGGACACCACCUUGGUUAUCGUGCCGGGCUCGGCGCUGGGUAGUAUGGAUUGGAAAGUCAGGUCCUUUGUGUGCGAAGCUCUCAGGCGAGGCUGCUUUCCGAUUGUUAUGAACCCUAGGGGUUGCGCCGGGUCGCCUCUCACCACGCCACGGUUAUUUUCAGCAGCUGACAGCGAUGAUAUCUCCACUGCUAUACAGUUCAUCACUGAGGCGAGGCCGUGGACCACGUUGAUGGGUGUUGGCUGGGGCUAUGGUGCUAAUAUGUUGACAAAGUACCUGGCAGAAGUUGGAGAGAGCACGCCACUUACAGCCGCCACCUGCAUUGACAAUCCUUUUGACUUAGAGGAGGCCACUAGGUCCUCUCCUCAUCAGAUGGCUAUUGAUCAGCAGCUCACUGGUGGACUCAUAGAUAUUCUAAGUUCUAACAAGGAACUGUUUCAAGGAAAAGCAAAAGGGUUUGAUGUGGAACAAGCUCUUUCAACGAGUUCUGUUCGUGAUUUUGAAAAAGCAAUCUCCAUGGUAUCUUAUGGUUUUGAGGCCAUUGAAGAUUUUUAUUCAAAAUCAAGUACAAGAGGUGUGGUUGGGAAUGUGAAGAUUCCUGUUCUAUUUAUACAGAAAGACGAUGGGUCAGCGCCACUCUUCUCAGUUCCACGCAGUUUGAUAGCAGAAAAUCCAUUUACAAGCCUACUUUUGUGUUCUUAUUUGCCAUCUACAUCUAGUGUUAUUGAUGGUGGUAAAUUUGCUCUAUCUUGGUGCCAGCAUGUAACAAUUGAGUGGCUUACAGCAGUGGAGCUUGGACUUUUGAAGGGUCGUCACCCUCUUCUUAAAGAUGUGGACUUACCCAUCGACCCUUCAGAAGAAUUAGCUCUUGUGGAAGGCAGAGGGUCCAACAAGAAUGGCAAAUUUGCCAAGCAGUUGGAUCUCCAGUCAGAUUUUUUAAAUGGAUAUACCGCAGAACCUACAAACAAUAUGCCUGUUGAAAGUGGUACUGCUGCUAGCUUCUGGUUAAGAUCCAAAAAGAACUCAUCGAGAAAGUCAGAGGUUGGACACAAAGUGUUGCCAGAUGUGGAAAAUGGUGCCCUGGAUCAGACUAAAUCUGAUGACCUAGAGUUGGUCAAUGAGGAGGAAGUCAAUCCUGUAGAUGGUGAAAGAGGUCAAGUGUUACAGACAGCACAAAUUGUUAUGAACAUGCUAGAUGUAACCAUGCCUGAUACUCUUACAGAAGAAAAGAAGAAGAAGGUAUUAACAGCAGUUGAUCAAGGAGACACACUAAUGAAAGCUUUGCAAGAUGCAGUGCCACAAGAUGUUCGUGGCAAGCUAACAGCUGCUGUAUCUGGAGUUGUGCAGACUCAAGGCACAAACCUAAAGUUUGAUGAACUCCUGGGUAUUACCCGGAUUCCCGAUAUGUCUUCAGGUCUAAAGUCAAAGGUCCAAGACAAGUUCACGGGAAUAUCAAGUUCAGAAGGUUUAAAUCAAGACAAUCAUUCUUCGGAUCGGUUGAAAAAGGAUGAUGAUCUGGUAGAUAGCUCACUUAACAAUCUUCCUGACAUGAACAAGCCUCCAGGGGUACUAGAAUCAGAGUAUCAUCCCUCAGAUGGAUCACAACAGAAUUUAAAUCCAGAUCAGUCCCAACCAUUGAGCAGUAAUGGAAGCGAUGUUUCUGGUUCUGUCAGAAACGACGUUAGUGAAUCAGGAAAUAAUGACGAUGAGUCUUCCCAAGAAAAGGCUCCUGAAUAUCUUUACGAUAAGGGGUCAGAACCAGACACAAAUACUAACAGUUCCAGCCAGGCUGAAAUUGUUGGUGGUUCUGAUGAAGCAAUUGUUGAGGAGCCAAGAGACCAAGAUGGUAUAGUAGAUCAAGUAGACACAAAAGAAGAGGAAGGUAAUGAUAAUCAAAAGAUUGAUGAUAAUAAGAAUAUGAAGCCUGUGAUGGAUCAAAGUAAUACCUUUAGUGUUUCUGAGGCACUGGAUGCAUUUACAGGGAUAGAUGAUUCCACCCAAUUGGCAGUCAACAAUGUUUUUGGUGUUAUUGAAAAUAUGAUAUCUCAAUUGGAGGAGAAUUCAGAACAUGAAAAAGAAGUAAGUAAAAUUGACUCUGUAUCAGGGUCUGAAUCUGCAAAGGACCAUCUCGAUGAUGACAGUAGUCUAGAAGAUUCAGAAGCCAGUAAGACUGACCAAAAUGAACAGCUGGAUAGGUUAAGUAAUAUCUCUGUAUCUGACCACCCUGAGAUUGAUAUGGAUUUGCAAUCUGAUGCACCAAAUGGAUGGGUAGAGAAGCCUAAUCAAAGCCCCAUGUCAGUUAAUGGGAAUUGUAUGAACAUUUCUCAAGAAAGUGAUGCAGUUAACAGUGGAGUUGAGGAUAAAAAAGAAAAGAAGGAUCAAUUGGUUGGUUUCAAUCUUCUUGCGGGAAAUUUAGACAAACUUAAUCAUGUAAAGAGCGCUCCGCUCUGCAUAACUCCAGUUCCAACUGGGGCCCAUAUUGAUCUUCUUUCAAAGGUACCUACCAAACCACUAGAUUUAGAUUCAACUGCUUCUCUAUUGCUGGACUAUAUUCCAGAAGAAGGUCAGUGGAAGCUCUUAGAACCACCAGGACAUGUCGGAAGUUCUGUUGGUAAUGAUGCGACUCAUAGGGAAGUUGAUGGAAAGGUUCACGCCCAUUCACCUGCAAAGGUAAAUGAUAAAGUUAUUGAACCAUCAUAUGUAAUAUUAGAUACAGAGAAGUAUCAGGAACCAGUAAAAGAAUAUGAAACAGUGGAAAAUAUGGAGGAGAGAAUUGAAAUUGGUGAAGAAAAAGUACAGGAUUUCAUUCAAUUCGUGAAAAAUAUUAUAUUGAAUACUUUGAAGGUUGAAGUGGGCCGCAGACUAAGUGCAGCUGGCAUGAAAAAGAUGGAACCCUAUCUUGCCAGAGAUGUGGAACAAGUGGCAAAUGCAGUAUCGUUUUGUGUUGGACCCGAUGCUCCCAUUUUGGAAGUUAAAUACCAUAGUAUUGACAACAUCUCAGAAAAAUUUGGUACUCUUCAUGGUGAGAAUGUGGUUAGAGCUAUAUCAUCCACCGUUCAGGACACUAGCUUCUUGAGAAGAGUACUGCCAGUUGGUGUUAUAGUAGGCUCGAGUUUAGCUGCGCUGAGAAAACAUUUUGUUGUCGUUACAGAGCAUGACCGUGGCCAAACAGAAGUUCUGACACUUAGUCAAGCCAAAAUAUCUGGAGAAAAAGAUCUGGGCAAGGCUAGUGGCGCAGAGAUUCACCACACGCCUGUUGAUAAAUCUGAUCAAAAUGCUAGGUUGGAUAGUUCAGUUAACAGGAAAGGGGAGAGGACUGGGUUGAAGAAUAUAAACAACACUGUUAUGGUUGGUGCUGUUACAGCUGCCCUUGGGGCAUCUGCGUUAUUUGUGGGGAAUCAGGAUUCAUACAAAGGCGAUGAAAAUUCUGAGUGUUCAUCCAACUCCUUGAUGGAAGGUAAUGGCCAGAGGAAGCCUGACAAGCUUGAGGAGGCACUAACUGAAAAAAACCAAAAUAACAUAGUCACAAGCCUUGCUGAGAAAGCCAUGUCAGUUGCUGCUCCCGUGGUACCUACCAAGGAAGAUGGUGGAGUGGAUCAAGAAAGAUUGGUCGCAAUGUUGGCAGAUUUAGGACAAAAGGGUGGGAUGUUGAAGCUAGUUGGCAAAAUUGCAUUGCUAUGGGGUGGUUUACGUGGUGCGAUGAGUUUGACUGACAAGCUUAUCCAAUUUCUUCAUAUAGCUGAGCGUCCCUUAAUCCAGAGGAUUUUUGGGUUUGUUGGUAUGGUGCUUGUUUUAUGGUCACCAGUUGUUGUUCCACUACUUCCCACAUUUCUACAAAGCUGGGCAACAAAUACAUCCUCUAGAAUUGCUGAACUUGCUUGCAUUAUUGGCCUCUAUACGGCUUUUAUGAUACUUGUUAUUAUAUGGGGCAAAAGAAUACGCGGAUAUGAAAAUCCCCUACAGAAAUAUGGGCUAGAUUUAACGUCAUUGCCAAAGUUAUGUGAUUUUUUGAAGGGCUUGAUUGGUGGAGUCAUGCUUGUGUUAUCAAUACAAUCUGUAAAUGCAUUACUUGGCUGUGUGAAUCUCGCUUGGCCCUCUACUCUAUCUUCUUUGGAUGCCAUGACACGGAUCAAAGUUUAUGGGCAAGUGCUUAGGCUGGUUGGUCAAGGAAUUUUAACAGCAACUGGUGCUGCUCUUGUGGAAGAAUUGCUUUUCAGGUCAUGGUUGCCCCAAGAAAUUGCUGCAGAUCUUGGAUAUCAUCAAGGAAUAAUUAUAUCAGGACUUGCAUUCUCUUUAUUCCAGAGGUCUCCACUAUCAAUCCCAGGACUUUGGCUUCUAUCUCUGAGUUUAUCAGGUGCUCGACAAAGAAACCAAGGGAGCCUUUCCAUUCCAAUCGGGUUUCGUGCAGGAAUUAUGGCUUCAAGUUUCAUCCUACAGAAGGGUGGCUUUCUGACCUACCAGGCUAGCUUUCCUCAUUGGAUUAUGGGGACGCACCCAUUCCAACCAUUUAGCGGUCUAACUGGUUUUGCAUUCUCCUUAUUUUUAGCACUAAUUCUGUACCCGAGGCAGCCUCUGAAUAAAAUAGAUUUGAGAAGGAGAAUUGAAGAAUUAAAAGAACAGUACGCUGGUAUAUAGUGUUAUGUUAUUCGCAACGCAGAUGGUGGUGUAAUGGUGAAGCAGUAUCAGCAUGGCAGUCUCGUUGUUGCUUACUGAUUCUGGUUGCUUGUGUACUUUCACCUUGAAAUAGGAACAGCGUGAGGUUGAAAUUCAAUGUAUGAAAGAAGGUACAAACAGAUAAAAUAAAUUCAGAUGGGAAAGGUCAUUGAAAGCUCAAAAUGCUUCAUGGGAGCUUUUCAUCUCUAAUGCUAUAGGUCAAUAAGCUGGCGGCCAUGGUGUAUGUAUAAAUCCCAACGGCUGCAGGCAAAUUUUGUAACUGGGAAAUGAGUACAUAUUCUCAAUCUACUUGCUUUAUCUCAUGAUCGCACCAAAGUGCUCGGGAGUUUAGCUCAUUUUGCUUGUUUCUGUUCUUACCUUUUUGCCAACACACUAUAUGAUGUGCACAAUACUGUAUAGAAUGAACAACCACCGUUAGGAUUUUGAUUGUACUCUACAAUUUUAAUCCCAAAAAAUCAAAUUCAAGGCGAUUUUUUC